AUGGCUGAUUCCACCGGGAAUCUCUCGGGUUCGGGUCGUUUGCGCCGGCCCGUGUGGGCUACCCCGCCGAAACCUUUGCAGUCUUUGGAUGAUCCGCUGCUGAGGGGCGAGGCUCUGAUCUCACCGACGGUCGUGUCAUCACAUGCGCAGCUUCCAGGGCUGCCGAAGCAACCGAACUUUCCGAAGUCUGCUUCCGUGCCUGCUUUUCCAGCGGCCGAGAAAAGAUCGCCGCUGCAGCCGCUUGAGCAUCGGCCGAGCACUUCGGCCGGUAGUGACGUUUCGGUGCCAAGUCGAGGCUCUAUCAGAUCUUCAUGCGGCCCCCGCAGGAAGUGGGCACAGCCAUUGGCGGAGUUCGAUCGUACUCUGUCGAAAGACUUCCAGGGUCAGAUCCAGUCGGAGCUCAGCUCUUUAGAUGAUGAGCACGCAUCACUGACUCUUUCAGAUGCACCGCCUUUGGAUCAGGGCUUGUCAUACCCGGCUCGAAAAGAAAAUUUUAAGAAAGAACAGUUCUUUCUUCGGUUUGAAUCUGUACAGCAUGGCCGAUCUGGCAGUGCUGGCGGCACCACCUCCGCCAACGAUGGGAGUGAGGCUUUCGAGGCAGAAGAGCUGGUUGACCAGGAGGUGUUCCUGAAAGAUCUGGCCGAUGUGGAUCAUCACAUCCAGGACCUUGCUCGCAGCAUUUUGUUCCAACAUCUCGAACGCGCAAGUAUGGAGGAGCGCGCCGCUGCCAAAGCCGAAGAGGCACGGCGACGCCGAGAGGCAGAACUUCGCCGUGCCAGGAAGAAGGAGCAGAUGGCCAGGGACCCGAAACGAAAGGUGGCAUUGAAAAUCGAAAACAAAAGGAGAUUUUCCGGACAUGAGGAGGAUGAGCCGGAUGCCACGAAAGGAAAAGACACUAUUCCUUUAAGAAAGUACGAGGUGUACGGCGAAAGUGGCCCAGAGAAAGUGAACAUAGUAGACAUUUUGAAAAUCCAGAGCCAGUGUGAAAUGCUGAACGAGAGCGGCGGUGUUGACCGAAUGCUGGAUGCGAGGCACCACAGUGAGAAGCUGCGGAGAGCCUUGACCUUCACGGAUCCGGGUGACCGGAAUUCUGAGACUUCGCUGUUUCCAAGCGAUAUCUCACCAGACCUUCCUAGAGACGAGCGAGCCAAGCAGCUGCGCAAGGACAAGUACCUGAAUCAGUUGAUCGAGAAGAUGAGCACGCUUAGGAGUGAGUGGAAGUACAUGCUUCCCUUCGACCUUGACCUCGCCAGCUCCGGAUUUGUCGAUGCGCAUGGGCAGAGGAUAUCUGUGUCGAACCUGAUUGCCCGCAACCCACGUGCCGCUCAAAAGUUCCUCAAGGAGCUCUCGAGCCUCAUUGGCCAGAGAAUCCAGGCCUAUGGAGGUCGAAGGGGUGGCAUUGUCGGUGGCUACACCUUGCUGGAAUCACUGGGCUCGAAGGAUCCAGUGUCCUCGAAGGACACGCCAGAUCCUGUUCAGCGCAUGAUGAGCAAGAAGAAGAGCCAGAAAGAUCUACAGCGCAGCGACACACAGCGGGCCAUCUCCAGGAAGCGGUGGUCGAUAGUCAAGGCGUUAACGCAGUGGCUUUUGCUCUGGUUUCGAAGACGACGCCUGCACACGUCAGCCAAUAUAUGUGUUAUGGUCCUGCGACAGAUGGGUGAAUGGUCUAGGAUCAGGAGUGCAAUGAAAGGCUUUGUCGACAACGUUACUCUUCUCCAGCGAUGGUGCAAGCGGUUCCUUACUGUAAAAAGGCGGAGGUGUGGGCUUUGUGAGAAGGAGUGGGAGAGGUUUGAAGACUUCCACUUGUCCCAUUUCUUCCGCAACAAGGCCCAAGCCAUCAUUCAGGAGCAGAAGGAGUUAGCGGCCACGGAAGCUAUGGGUGGUCAGGGCAAGAGGCAGUACAAAGGCAUACAGUCUGGGAAAGCCAAGCGGGACAAGCAGGCCUUCCUGAACUUGCUGGAAGCUGGUGUUGAAGGAGGCGAAAUAUCUAUUGACUUCCGAGCUUACAAGAUCCCCCCUGCGGAAAGGAGAGCCAUUAUCAACCGAUGGUACAUGGUGACUUUGAGGAACCAUGUACGUUCAGAGCAGACUAUCGCUUUGACCAUAAAGGAGAUGCUGGCGGCCGAACGGGAACUGGAGCGCUUCGUGAGUACGUUCGGUUGCAGGACCGUUGUGCAAGUCGCCCCCACCAUAGAGGAGGAGGUGGACAUGGUGGACGACAAAGGAAGAAAAGUGCGAAAAGGGCAGUUGAGUGAUGAUGACAUGUGGCAGCUUCGUAUUGGGGCCAAGCUGAAGCACGAAUGGUACAGAGUUACCGAGGAGUUUGUCAUCAGAUGCAUUGCCGUGGCCGCGCAGGCAAUGGCUCAAAUGGCACCGUUCCAGGACCACCCAGCCAAUCGCGGCCUCACUACAAGACCAGUGGCCGUGCCCUACGAUGGGGAGGCGGACAAGAGGGUCUUCGCCACUAAAGUGGUUCGAGCUGCGGCUCGUCCUUGCGACCUGGGACGCUUGGGAACGAAGUCGCUGCAAGUCAGGGCUUCCAAGGCUCGACGCCUGGACGAAGAGUCGAUCACGAGCAAGCCGAAAGGACACGUGGAGCCCAACAGAAGGAAUUCCGUGAACGACACAGUCGCAGGAAAGCCGCCGACCUCUUCUCAAGACAUUGAGGAUGUUUUGAAGCAGCUCACGCCGCGUUUACGUCAAAUUAGUGAGGCUCAGAAUUUGGAGUACAGGUUGGGCAAAUCCAAGGAGGACAAAGAAGAGAAGUUCGAUGCCGAGGGAUGA